UACGACAGUAUUGCUCGUGAUUUCGGUGCCAACGGUUGGAGUUUUGAACAAUUGUUGCCGUAUUUCAAGAAAUCAGAGAAUAAUACCGAUCCUAAUGUCGAUCCCAUAUAUCACGGCCGCAGUGGCCCGCUAGGUGUGUCCACACCACCAAAUCCCGAGCCAUUACUACUACAAUGGCAGCAAUCACUGCAUGAAUUUGGAUACCCUAUAAUUGAUGUGAAUGGGCCGACACAGUACGGCACGAGUAUUACGCAGUCGACUAUCAGGGAUGGUAUCCGACAGUCCACUGCCAACUCAUACUUGGAGUCUAAUAUAUGCCCUCAACUCAAUAUAGUAACAGGGGCACUUGUCACUAAAGUGCUUAUUGAGGGUCAGCCAAAUGGUGAACAACCAAAAGCAGUCGGAGUGGAGUUCACAAAAGGGAACCGAGAAUAUAGUGUUCAGGCAACUAAAGAGACUAUAUUAUCAGCAGGUCCCUUUAAUACUCCGCAAAUUUUAAUGCUAUCAGGCAUUGGGCACCGGGAUCAUUUAGAAAAAUUCGAGAUAUCGCCAAUUUGGUCUGACCUACCCGUCGGUGAUAACCUACAAAACCACGUAAUACUAACCAUAUCAAUGCCUGUUAGAAACAGUAGUCUAUUGUUACCCGGACCUCAGCCUAAUGUCCAGCAAUUAUAUGACUCCAUAGUGAGCCAUACCGGGGCAUUCGCAACCGCGCCGUUAUCUUGUUUAAAUUUUAACUCCAGUGUAAACUCGGACUGGACUUACCCGGACAUUAAUUUACUUGUUGGUAUUGUUCCUGCUUAUGAACUGGGAUAUGAAAAUAUAUUUUAUUUGGACAAACGUCCGGAGGAAUGGCGUUCAUAUGUGGAUACCGUUAAAAAGAAUGCCAACCUGGCAGUGGCACCGGUACUAUUCAGCCCUAAAAGCACGGGUUAUAUUAGACUAAAAUCACGUGACCCGAAGGUAUACCCCAUGAUCCAGCAAAACUUGUUGAGACACCCGGACGAUAUGCAGGCAUAUUUGGACGCCAUUUCCCACGCCUUCUAUUUGGUCGAGGAAUCCUCCAUUUCAGAGCACGUGUACGUAAACCCCGAACCAAUACCCGGCUGUCAGUACUGUCCAGACAUACCGGUGUGGAAGUGCUCGUCGUACCACAAAUGUUUAAUACAACAAAUAGCUACACCUUUUUUACAUCCAGUGGGCACCUGUCGUAUGGGUGCUGUGGACAGGGAUGAUGUGGUGGUGGACGAGAGGUUGAGAGUGAAAGGCGUCCGUAAUUUGCGAGUAAUCGACUCAUCAGUAUUUCCGACGGUUAUGAACGCCAAUACCAAUGCGGCCGCAAUCGUGGUCGGGGAGAAGGGGGCGGCACUUGUGUUGGAGGAUUAUCAUCAAGAAACCCAUAUCAAGCAACUUAAUGACCACUUCAAGUACAUUACAUUUGUUAUGUAUUACUUCGCGACCCCGGGAUACGAUCUUGGUGCUCUCAUGGAUUACUACACGACAAAUAAGUCACGACAGGACGGCAUCACCGCCACUUCCUAUCAUCCGGCGGGUAGUUGUCGUAUGGGCUCAAUAGACAGACCCGAUGUUGUGGUCGACCCCCAGUUGAGGGUUAAGAAUAUGAUGAACUUAAGAGUCUGCGAUUCAUCGGUAUUUCCAACGGUUCCCAACUCUAAUACCUGUGCCGCCUCUAUAACAGUGGGCUAUAAAUGCGCCCAAUUUAUCAAACAGUAUUAUAAAUUGGAGUAA